AUGCAGUUCACCGGUCUCCUUUCUCUCGCCGCCUUGGCCACCAUGGCAUCGGCCGCCUCCAUCAAGGUCAACUUCUACUCUGAUACUGGCUGCCGCAACUUCAUUGGUUCUCGGUUCAUCGACUACAACCCCAACCAGGGUGGUACUUACCACAGCGGUGGCCCCGCUGGUUCUCGUGGUGGACUUUACGUUGAUUCCAACGGAUCUGGUCUCUCCUACCGCGGCUUCAGCAACCACGCUGAUGGUAGCCAACCCUUCACUGGCAACCUCCGUGAUGGCCAGUGCAUUGGUACAACCAGUGGACUCUACGCUGUCUUUACUGUUUAG